AUGGCUGAUGCCGAAGCAAAGCUGGGCAAGAUGAGAAAUCGUUUGCGGUUUGAGCGACGAUACCUCAGAAGCCGCCUGUUUGCAGAGGUCCUGCCACACGCACUGCCAUGGGGGGCAAGUUCCAACUCUACGAUCCGACAGAAUAACCUUGGCAUUGUGAGGGAAUCUCGUAGUCUCUCAUCAUGGAAAUCCGUACCAGUUCGAUUCCCCGCAGAUGCCACUUUGCCUACACUCCACGGAUUGAUUUUGGAUGAUGUCAUGGUCACUUACUUACUUUCACCCUCAUCUUAUGUCUCUAUGGCUGUCCUCUCAUCCCCAACUGAUUGCAUCAAUGCAGCGCGAUCUUGCCUUCCUCGAAACGACGAAAGCAAAUAG